AUGCAUGCAGAUGAGGCCACGGCAACUGACCAGGUGGUGGGAUUCGGCUUGGUCGCCUUCAGCCUCGCUCUCUUUGUUUACUACACCCUCUGGAUCAUCGUGCUGCCCUUCAUUGACAGCGACCACGGGCUCCACGGGUGGUUCUUGCCCAGGGAAUACGCCGUGAUCAUCCCCGUGGUGGCUGGGCUGCUGCUGCUGCUAUUUAUAGGUGUUUUUAUAAUGGUUGUGAUGUGGAAGAGCAGGAAAACCACAAAGAAAACAGACUGA